AUGCGUCUUUCAAUCCUCGCCGCCAUCGCAGCCUUUACCUACUCGGCAUCAGCCGACCUGGUCUGGUCUCUCGAGAAGUCCUCAGCCCCGUCUGACGACGAAGCUGACGCCUACGCAAAAAUCGAGACCGCCAUGACGCUGGCCGUCCAGCGCUACAAUGGCCUCGCCGAUCCUGUCAAGACGAUCCGCGUCUACUACGCACCCGGCGUGCCCACUGCCGAGGCCAACUUCAGCGGCGACCUACGCUUCGGCAGCAACAGAUCCUACAUGAAUGAGCGCACCGCCCUGCACGAGAUCUCGCACACACUGGGUAUCGGGCAGACAGCUGCCUUUGACAACAAGUGCAACGCCAAUGACUGGGCGACCGCAACGCCACUGCUGCAGUCAUGGGACGGACCUGAUGCCCGGAUCAACUGUGGAGGAAGCCACAUUUGGCCCUACGGUUUGAACUAUGACAGCGAGUUCAGCGAGGAGGCGGCCAACAGGCACGUCCUGCUGAUCCAGGCUAUGAUCAAUGACGGGUUGAUGGGUUAG